AUGGCGCAAUAUGGUCUCUACAGCCAAAUGUUCCUUGUCUUGUCUAUAAUAUCUCCGUUGUUGGUCACAUCUUUCACCGUGAUCACCUCUGAAUCGACGGCGCCGUCGGCACUGAUAGACGGCCCACAGACUGGAUUCACGAUGACCAACGACGGCGCGCGCACAGAGCCCGACGAGCAAGACGCCGUCUACGACAUUAUGCGUGCGACCGGCAACGACUGGGCUGCCGCGAUUCCGGACGUGUGUCGAGGCCGGUGGCACGGGAUCGAGUGUAUGCCCGACCAGGAUAACGUCUACCACGUCGUCUCUCUGUCGUUCGGAGCGCUCUCAGACGACACGGCGUUCCCGACUUGUGACCCGGAACGCUCUUACGUCUCCGAGUCACUCACGAGGCUUAAACACCUCAAAGCUUUGUUCUUCUACCGCUGUUUGGGCCGGGCCCCACAGAGGAUACCGUCGUUUCUGGGCCGCUUGGGUUCGAGUUUGCAGACGCUCGUUCUGCGGGAGAAUGGGUUUCUCGGUCCUAUCCCGGACGAAUUGGGCAAUCUCACCAGUUUGAAAAUUCUUGAUCUCCAUAAGAAUAACCUCAACGGCUCGAUUCCUUUGUCGUUUAACCGGUUCCUCGGUUUAAGAUCGCUUGAUUUGAGCGGGAACCGGUUGACUGGUUCGAUUCCCGGUUUUCUUCUCCCGGAUCUGAAAGUUCUGGACUUGAACCACAAUCUAUUAACCGGACGGGUCCCAUCCACACUCUCCACCUGUGGUUCGUUGAUCAAAAUUGAUCUUAGCCGUAACCGACUCACUGGUCCUAUCCCCGACUCGAUUAACCGGCUUAACCAACUAGUGCUUCUCGAUUUGAGCUAUAACCGACUAUCAGGUCCAUUCCCGCCUUCUCUCCAAGGCCUAAACUCUCUUCAAGCUUUGGUGCUCAAAGGCAAUACAGAAUUCUCGGCAACAAUUCCUGAAAAUGCGCUCAAAGGGCUCAAGAACUUGAUGGUCCUUGUUCUCUCCAACAUGAAUCUCAAGGGGUCAAUACCAGGAUCAUUGACUCGUUUAACCAGUCUCCGGGUGCUUCAUUUGGAGGGCAACAACUUGACCGGGUCGAUUCCUUUAACAUUUCGGGACGUGAAGCAUCUAAGCGAGCUGAGGCUAAACGAUAACCGUCUGACAGGGCCAGUACCGUUCGAGAGAGAGACAGUGUGGAGGAUGAGGAGAAAGCUGAGGCUGUAUAACAAUACAGGUUUGUGCGUGAACCGGAACAGUGACUUGGAUGAUGUAUUCGGUUCUACAGCUGGUUCAAGCGUCAGGUUGUGUGACGGCGAAACGCAGAGACCUGGUCCUGUCGGUACGGUCCAGCAUCUAUCUAGAGGAGAUGGUGUCACGGCGAACGCAGCUAUGGACGUAUCAAGCGGUUCCAAAUCUUUUUGCUUCUUUUGUCCAUCUGUACUCUUUCUGGUGUUUAAUUUCGGCUAUAUGCUGCUAAUAUUUAUGUAG